AUGUCUAGUAGCCAAGGUUCUCCUAGCAACAGCGACCUUUGCUGCUUCUGCUUAGGUGAUGAUACUGAGAUUCCGGCAUUUGGCUCAAUUGCAGAUGCUAGAGAUAUGGUCAAGCCAUGUACUACAUGCUCAAUCAGUUGUCACAAAAAAUGUCUAUUGGAUUGGUUCAACACCAUUCCGUCAAACCAACUACAUGUGAUCCACGCCAAGAGAGUUUUUAGUGCAGCUCCAUUAUCGAGGGAGAAUUACGAUCAUAUAGGUGGCGAUAUUGGAAUCGGUUCGCCUCCUGUUGUACAAUCAACUAACAUCCAUAUAAACUUGUCGACUCGAGCUUUAAAUGAUUGGUUUGGCAAUAUCAUUGGCAUCAUUAACGAAGAUGAAGAGGAUGGCGAAACUCAGGAACAAGCAAACAAUGGUUCAAAUGGUUUUGAGAAUAUAAAUGAAAAUAGAGAUGCUGAUCCCCACACUGAUCCCGGAAUGCAAACUUAUCAACCGGAUGGCGAAAGAGACACUGACAUUUCAAGAACACGUUUGGAUGCUGUGUCGCUGCUCCCAUCAACAUCAUCAACAUCUUCUUCUUCAUCGUCACAUUCGCCACAUUUGCCAACUUCGUCACCGCAACAUGUUGAUGACCUGUCCGUUUACGUUUUAGCCAAAUGUCCCCAAUGCAAAAAAGAUAUUAUCUUUUUUAUGAAGCGAUCAAAAUUGGUGGCACUUCAAGCAUCUUUCAAAACUGGUGUCUCCAGAUUAGUGCAAUAUGGAGGUGUGUUUCUCGGUAUAACUUCAGCGCUCACUGGGGUUGUAUCGAUGACCUAUAUUGGUCUUACUACAGCAGGAUUGAAAAUGAUGGAUAGUCUUGUUCCCGGUCCAUUACUUGUGAGAAUGUUAACGAGAAGAUCAUUACUUAGUUCCAAUAACACGUAUUCGACUUUAUCCAGAAUAUUAUUUGGCAAUACACAAACUUAUGCUGUUGAUAAUUUGGAGCAAGCGCUAGUACAGGGACUAAUUGAUCCAUUGAAAUUCUCCAGAAUACCAGUAUUGCCAAUUGUAUUGUUUAGACUGCGAUCAUCAUCAAUAUUUGACGUGUUAUUUGCUGCAAAAAAUGAUGAUUUCUUUGCCUCGGCAAUCACAGAACUCAUGAUUGCCAGUUAUAUUUCGUCUUUAGCUGAUAAUUCACUUGUACGUGCCAUUUACAAAAACAUCGUCACCCAAAUUAAACAACUAAUGAAUGGAUCAAUGACAUCCAUCUUAAAUCCCGUAAGGGGAAUAGAUUUUUUGACAACAAAUAACAUCAUAUCACUUUUGAUCCCCAUAAGAUGGGGAUAUGACCUAUUCCAUCGCCUCACAUUCAACAGAGCAUAUUUCAAUCUCACCAUGAAAUCAAGACCACGGGCAAUUGCAAAUAGUUUGGGUGCAUCAGAAGUUGAACGCUUGGAAGAGCUUAAUGGUGAAUUGAAUGAAUACAGGAGUCACCAUAAUAAAACUUACCAAGCCAUCGACAAACAGGUUAGCGACGAAUCAACAUCAAAAAUAGCAUCCUGCAACAUCCCUGUGAUUUCAGCAUUGUACAAGCACAUCAAGAAAAAUAUUCGGUACAUCUACGAGCUACGCAAAUCAUGGUGGCCCUAUUAUAGACUUUGUGUUAAAACAAAUUUACAAUUCACAUUAGCCUCAUUGAAACACGACUACUCAUUCAGUCUUUCUUCGCCAAGUGUGAUUUUCAAAACUAUUACAACGAUUCUUUGGCCUUUGGCAUCAUCAAAAGUUGGUCUCUUGGUCUUGCCACUUCUAUCAAGAGUUUCCAAACUUGAGCAUCUUUCGUUGGAUCGUAAAGUAUUGAUUGCAAAUAUUGCUGGGUUAGUCAUUGUUGCACUUGGAAAAGAGAUUAUUAAUCUCUAUAUUGCACACAGAAGAGUACAACAGAUGCAACAAAUUGAGCCAUUGAAUUUGAACAAGGCAGAGGCAAUUGUGCGAUUGGUCAAAAGUUCCGGCGUUAUGUAUUCCUCUGAUGCAGAGGACCUAGAUGAUGGAAUCAUCAAUAUUGGUGGUGCCGGUGAAACCGAUGAAGAGCUACUUGGUAGGUUGACACAAGACAUACCAACAGAGUUACCGGGAAAUUUUCCUUCAUGA